CCCGGCCCGACCCCGAUGGCCGCCGCCGCCGAGGAGCCUUUCCCCUUGCACGGGCUCCUCCCGAAGAAGGAGACGGGGGCCGCCGCUUUCCUCGGCCGCCACCCGGAUUAUGACGGCCGGGACGUCCUCAUCGCCGUGCUGGAUACGGGGGUCGAUCCCGGGGCGCCGGGCAUGCAGAUAACAACUGAUGGGAAACCCAAAAUUAUUGAUAUCAUAGAUACCACAGGAAGUGGUGAUGUGAACACUUGUACAGUUGUAGAACCAAAAGAUGGGGAAAUUAUUGGACUUUCAGGACGAACUCUUAAGAUUCCAACAAAUUGGAUAAAUCCUUCAGGCAAAUAUCACAUUGGCAUUAAAAAUGGCUAUGACUUCUAUCCUAAGGCUCUUAAGGAAAGAAUGCAGAAAGAACGCAAGGAGAAAAUCUGGGACCCCGUUCACAGAGUUGCACUUGCAGAAGCCUGUAGGAAGCAAGAUGAGUUUGAUGCUGUGAACAACUCUCCCUCUCAAAUAAGUAAACUCAUAAAAGAGGAGCUACAAAGUCAAGUAGAAUUAUUAAAUUCUUUUGAAAAAAAAUUUAAUGAUCCCGGCCCUGUGUAUGAUUGUUUGGUGUGGCACGAUGGUGAUAAUUGGAGAGCCUGCAUUGAUUCAAAUGAAGGUGGAGAUUUGAGUAACUGCACUGUAUUAAGAAACUAUAAAGAAGCCCAGGAAUAUGGAUCUUUUGGCACAUCUGAGAUGUUGAACUACUCGGUUAACAUUUACGAUGAAGGGAACCUACUUUCUGUUGUGACAAGUGGAGGAGCUCAUGGAACACAUGUAGCCAGUAUAGCUGCUGGACACUUUCCGGAAGAACCCGAGCGAAAUGGUGUGGCUCCUGGCGCUCAGAUUCUUGCAAUAAAGAUCGGCGAUACGAGAUUGAGUACCAUGGAAACUGGUACAGGCCUUAUAAGAGCCAUGAUCGAAACAAUCAAGUAUAAGUGUGACCUUGUCAAUUACAGCUAUGGAGAAGCAACUCACUGGCCAAAUUCUGGGAGAAUUUGUGAAGUAAUUAAUGAAGCUGUGUGGAAGCACAACAUAAUCUACGUUUCCAGUGCUGGGAAUAAUGGUCCAUGCCUUUCUACAGUAGGUUGCCCGGGUGGAACUACUUCAAGUGUAAUAGGUGUCGGUGCGUAUGUUUCUCCUGACAUGAUGGUUGCUGAAUAUUCUCUAAGAGAGAAACUACCGGCGAAUCAGUAUACUUGGUCUUCCAGAGGCCCUAGUACCGAUGGGGCUCUCGGAGUAAGUAUUAGCGCACCAGGAGGAGCCAUUGCAUCUGUUCCUAACUGGACGUUACGAGGGACCCAGCUUAUGAAUGGGACAUCCAUGUCUUCUCCUAAUGCUUGUGGAGGCAUUGCUUUAGUACUAUCAGGACUCAAAGCUAAUGGCAUUGAUUACACAGUUCAUUCAGUGAGAAGAGCUUUGGAAAACACUGCCGUGAAAGCUGAAAAUAUAGAAGUAUUUGCUCAAGGGCAUGGUAUUAUUCAGGUCGAUAAAGCCUAUGACUACCUCGUUCAAAAUACGUCAUUCACUAGUAAAAUAGGUUUUACCGUUACUGUUGGAAAUAAUCGUGGAAUCUACCUCAGAGAUCCUGUUCAGACAGCCGCACCUUCAGAUCAUGGAGUGGGCAUAGAACCUGUGUUUCCAGAGAACACAGAUAACUCCGAAAGAAUAUCCCUUCAGCUUCAUUUAGUUUUAACUUCAAAUUCAACAUGGGUUCAGUGUCCUAGUCAUUUGGAGCUUAUGAACCAGUGUAGACAUAUUAACCUACGUGUGGACCCCAGGGGUUUAAGAGAAGGACUACAUUAUGCAGAGGUGUGCGGCUAUGAUUUAGCAUCACCCAAUGCAGGCCCUUUGUUCAGAAUUCCAAUUACUGCGGUUGUAGCAGCGAAAGUAAAUGAAUCUUCUCACUAUGACCUUGUCUUUACUGAUGUGCAUUUUAAACCCGGUCAAAUCCGAAGGCAUUUUGUUGAAGUUCCUCAGGGAGCCACGUGGGCUGAAGUUACUGUGUCUUCGUGCUCCUCCGAUGUGUCAGCCAAGUUCGUCCUGCAUGCGGUGCAACUUGUGAAACAGAGAGCGUAUCGAAGUCAUGAGUUCUAUAAGUUUUCUUCCCUUCCAGAAAGAGGAUCUUUGACUGAAGCAUUUCCUGUCUUGGGUGGAAAAGCAAUAGAAUUUUGCAUUGCUCGUUGGUGGGCAAGUCUCAGUGAUGUCAAUAUUGAUUAUACCAUUUCCUUCCAUGGUAUAGUUUGUGCAACUCCUCAGUUAAAUAUUCAUGCUUCAGAAGGAAUAAACCGUUUUGAUGUGCAGUCUUCCUUGAAAUACGAAGAUCUCGCACCUUGUAUAACUCUGAAGAGUUGGGUCCAAACCUUACGUCCAGUGAGUGCGAAAACAAAACCUUUGGGAUCCCGAGAUGUCCUGCCAAAUAAUCGUCAGCUUUAUGAAAUGAUCUUGACAUACAACUUUCAUCAACCGAAAAGUGGAGAAGUGACGCCAAGUUGCCCGCUGCUGUGUGAACUGUUAUAUGAAUCAGAAUUUGAUAGUCAACUCUGGAUUAUAUUUGAUCACAACAAAAGACAGAUGGGAUCAGGAGAUGCCUAUCCUCACCAGUAUUCCGUGAAACUGGAGAAAGGCGACUACACCAUUCGACUACAGAUCCGUCAUGAGCAAACCAGUGACCUGGAUCGUCUUAAAGACCUGCCAUUUAUUAUUUCUCAUAGACUAUCUACUACCUUAAGCUUAGAUAUUCACGAGACUCAUAGUCUUGCACUGUUAGGAAAGAAAAAAUCAAACAGCUUGACAUUACCACCCAAACACAGUCAGCCGUUCUUUGUUACCACCCUACCAGAUGACAAAAUCCCAAAAGGGGCUGGACCAGGAUGCUACCUUGCAGGAUCCCUAACCCUGUCAAAGACAGAGCUUGGAAAGAAAGCUGGGCAGUCUGCAGCAAAACGCCAAGGAAAAUUUAAAAAGGAUGUAAUCCCUGUUCAUUACUACCUAAUUCCGGCACCAACGAAAUCAAAGAAUGGCAGCAAGGACAAAGAAAAGGAUUCAGAAAAAGAAAAGGAUAUAAAGGAAGAGUUUGCCGAAGCCUUGAGAGAUCUGAAAAUACAGUGGAUGACAAAGUUGGAUUCUAGCGAUACGUAUAAUGAAUUGAAAGAAGCCUUUCCCAACCACCUUCCUUUGUACGUUGCACGCCUUCAUCAGCUGGACUCUGAAAAGGAGCGCAUGAAGAGACUCAGUGAGAUUGUUGAAGCGGCAAAUACUGUUAUUUCCCAGAUAGAUCAAACAGCGCUAGCAGUUUAUCUUGCAAUGAAGAGUGACCCCAGGCCCGAUGCUGCUACUAUAAAAAACGACAUGGAAAAACAGAAAUCUACCCUAGUGGAUGCCAUUUGUCGAAAAGGAAGCGCACUGGCAGACCAACUUCUUCAGUUGCAAGCGCAGGAUGGAGCUGUUUCAGGUGAAUCAGAAGGAAAAGAGGAUGAACGAGAAAGCUGUUUGGAGUCCCUCUCGGAGGUUUUUUGGGAAACUACAAAGUGGACCGAUCUUUUUGAUACCAAGGUUUUAACAUUUGCAUACAAACAUGCAUUGGUAAAUAAGAUGUAUGGAAGAAGUCUCAAAUUUGCAACCAAACUGGUGGAAGAGAAGCCAACCAAAGAGCAUUGGAAAAACUGUAUACAACUGAUGAAGUUACUUGGAUGGACCCACUGUGCGUCUUUCUCCGAAAACUGGCUGCCCAUCAUGUAUCCUCCUGAUUAUUGCGUAUUCUGAAAUUACACCCGAAACCUAAAAUUUUAGAAGAAGAAGAAAAAGUUUUCUAUCGACCAGGUAUAAAAACGAGAAAUUUGUGACAUUUUUAUUCUAGCGCAUGUUUUCUUCCAAUUAUUAAAAUGGUGUGUAUUUAUCCUAAAAUGCACUGGCGUGUGGCUUCAUGUAAACCCGGAUCCCUGACGUGGAGGAGUCCCCUUAGUGCAUCCCAUUGCUGGCAAUGCGAUGUGCCUUUACCGCCGGCACCAGGGAGUUGGCCUGGGUUGGCGAAGGCUUGUUGCAUGCCUCGUAACUUCUUAACUGUUUCUUUUAACUGCAAACCUGUAAAAGCUCUAUUUUUAUUUUUUAAACGAACAGGGUUGAAACAUGCUUGAUUGACUUUGUUUUUCAAUUGUACGAAGGCCUUAAAACGAGCUACGUUCAGGGUAGCUGUGAUUAUUUAUUAGACUAAAAAAUAACGGAACUUCAUUUUCUGCAUCGUUGCCAAGUGUUUACAUUUCAACUAAGAGAAAAACAUGACAACCUGUCACCAUAAGUGUAUAUCUCAGUUGUUGGAGCGCAUCCGCUCCGCUAAACCUUCACCUUGGAGUUACUUCAGGCAAAUUGUUUUUUGAACAUCCGUGAGAAGUUCGGAAGGUUCGGUAAAACCCCGCGUAGCGAGGCGGUUGAAUUAAUCGAAGAUGCCGUGUCUCCCGCAGCAUGAAAUUGGUGGAAAAUAGACAGUUGGGUUCUUUUUGUCUUCCCCCCCACCGUCCCUCCCCGACCCCCGCCACCGCAGAGACGGUCGCGCCGGGUAACCCCGGCGCGAAGGCCCCGAUUUUAACCCCACCCGUCUUUGGCCGGCCGACGGCUCCAUCCUUCCAACUGGAAAGGGGCACACGGAGAGCACCGCUGGGCCUGGAGGUGAGAGAGCAAGGCCCUCCCUCCUCCUCCUCCUCCUCCUCCUCCUCCUCCUCUCCAAGGACCAGCCACACCUGGCGGGCCACACCGCAUGUCUUCGGAGGUCUGGGGAUUCGCCACUCGGUGGUGGGUUCGGGUUUCCUGAAGACACAUGAAGUGAGGAUUUGUCCUGUCGGGGUGAACUGUUACGUAUACAAGUGCCAGACGGUUAAUUCUUUAUCAGGUAUUGUAAAGCUAUACAUAUGGUAUGUUUAUUAACGUUGAAAUAAUGUAAAACACUUAAGAAUAAAUGUGCACAACUAAAGAUCGAAACACCAUAUGCACUCUAAUACCCUAUGGAUUUUUUUAUAAUUAAUAAAAGUGAUUAUCGAAGCGA